CUGCUGUAGGUUCGACUGCUCGACUCCGACUUGAUCUGGUCAAGGGAUGGCAAACUCUAACAGACCCUCCACGGCCAUUGCGCACAUCUACAGGGGGACAUUUGUCCACGCGACCGAGCAGACAGCGCUGCAGAUCCUGGAAGAUGCGCUUCUGGGUGUGGAUACGGAGGGAAAGAUUGCAUUCAUUGGGAAAGGUGAAGAACUGGACAAACUGUCCCAGACCUUUGGAUUUAGCCUAUCUGAAGUCACUCAACUGGCACAACAUGAGUUCUUCAUGCCAGGGAUGGUGGACACUCACAUCCAUGCGCCCCAGUACAGCUACGCUGGCACAGCUCUGGACAUGCCAUUACUGCAGUGGCUCAAUACGUACACCUUUCCGGUAGAGUCACGCUUCAAGGACUUGAAGUUUGCCCAAGAAGUUUACACUCAAGUAGUGAGAAGGACCCUGAGAAACGGAACAACCACUGCAUGUUAUUUUGCUACCAUUCAUACAGAUGCAUCUCUCCUGCUGGGUCAGAUUACAAAUGACUUUGGCCAGCGUGCCUUGGUGGGCAAGGUGUGUAUGGACAGGAACAAUUCUGUGAAACAUUACAAAGAGACCAUUCAGGAGUCUCAAGAGGAAACCUGUCGGUUCAUUGCAGAGCUCUUGGACAAAAAGUAUCCUCUGGUGAAGCCAGUGGUGACUCCCCGCUUUGCUCUGUCCUGCACAGGAGCUUUGCUCGGACAGCUGGGAGCAAUCGCCAAAAAUAACAACCUGCACAUUCAGAGUCACAUCAGUGAAAACAUGGAGGAAGUGAAGCUUGUUAAGGAGUUGUUCCCUGAAUCAGAGUCCUACACCGAUGUCUACCACAAAUACAACCUGCUCACUGACAAGACAGUGAUGGCCCAUGGCUGCCACCUCAGCGAUGAAGAGUUGAACUUGUUCAGAGAAACAGGAGCCUCUUUGUCUCACUGCCCCAACUCUAACAUCUCGUUGUGCAGUGGUCUGUUGAAUGUGUCUAACGUCCUGAAACACAAAGUGAAGCUGGGGCUGGGAACAGACGUUGCAGGUGGCUACUCGGCUUCUAUGCUGGAUGCUGUGAGGAGAACACUGGACACAUGCAAAUUCUUGACCAUCCAGGACCCAGAACAUCACACACUUCCCUUCGAGGAGGUAUUCAGGUUGGCCACGCUGGGAGGCAGCCAAGCCUUGUCCCUGGAUAACCAAACAGGAAACUUUGAAGUAGGCAAAGACUUUGAUGCCCUGCGGGUGAAUGUAGCAGCUCCUGGUGGACCCAUCGACCUGAUCCAGCAUGAGGAACCAAAGAUUCUGUUGGAAAAGUUCUUGAACUUGGGUGAGUUUCAAAUUCAGAUUCUUUCAAACUUUUCAGGUUCAAGAGUGCAAACCACCAUUUACUCAAGGUUUGUUUCUGCUUCUUCCUCUCUGACAGGUGAUGACCGGAAUAUAAUGGAGGUGUAUGUGGCUGGAAGGAGGGUGGUACCAUUCACAGAGCAGACAGCAGAGUAAAUCAUUUGAUCCUAAGCGCACAGUCACACAUCUAAACUCCCCAGUUUGACGAAGGUGUUUAGAUUCUAAAAUUAGUACAUGAGAGAGUAACAAUAUGUACUCUAUAUGUACAAUCAGCUGGAAACACUGCUGCUCCAUUAUCUUUUGUCUCUUAAACAAAUAAGUGGGAAAUUAAUCAUCACUAUAAAUACUUGACUGUUAAAUCCAGAGGAUGGCAGAGGUGAGCUCAAAUGUACAUCUUUUUCAUAUUUUAAUACAGUUACAGUGCUUUUAAAAGGAAAUAAGGGACAUAAUAAGUUCUAUGAACAUUGCACUUAUACUGCAGUUUUAAAUUGUUUACCUAAUUUAAGACGUAAAAACAUUUUCUCAACCCACAUAGGAGCGUUUAAUUCAAAAUCAACAGAUUUGUAGCAACGGCUUGCUAAUUAACAAGCCUCUUCUAAAUUCUCUUUGUUCAUGUACACGUUGUUGUAGCCUUUUUUUUUUACAUAACUUUUGUUCUAUGUACUUAGACAGGUUUAAACUUGCACAGAUGUAAGUACUGAUGAUGGUAGCUGCUGUGAUGUGUUACUGUGAGUUAAGGAAAAUAAAUUCAACCACAUGUCAAUAUCGAACCGCUUCGCCAUAAAAUAUUUAAACUGGACAAUCAUCCAUGAAGUUCAGUGACAUAGCAACAUAGAGAAAGACUUUGUGCUGGUGAUGUGAAGUGGCUCAGUGCUAAAUGUAGCUGCUGUGCCUGACCUGAUUAUCUACAGUGGUGCAAUGCUCCUGUUUUCAUGCUUGUGUGGCAAGAAAAUGCUAUAUGAUCAGAAGACUGGAAUGAACUUGAGUUAUAAAAAUGAAUCAUCCAUUUUUACACUGUACACUCCUUUCUAAUGCCUCAAAUCAGGUGCUUAAAAUACAAACGAUCAUUUUAUUACACUAUUUUAUAGUGCUCUCUUGAUUUCAGUAUGACACAUUCAGUUUUUUAUGCACUAGCAUACAGUUUCCUUAAGAAUGUAGUGCUCAGCGUGGUGAAACUGGACACUCGUGAUACACACUUGUAACGUUACCAUUCCAGCUGUAGGACUGCUCUCUGGACAGACUGAAAUAAGCCUAGAUGUUUAUCUAAUAUUUAGCAGCACAAACCCUUGGCUUAUUCAUGUCAAAAUCUGCACCCUGAUUUGACUGAGUGGAAAAUGAUACUGCACGUAACCUGGUGCCUUAUUAUCAGAGACAGUUGCUAUUGUAAUAUUUUGUCAAACUAAUAUUUAAUUAAUCAUUACUGACAGUGAAUGAAUUAACGGUGAGAUGUCUGAUUUUAUGGACUGUAUAAUAUACUUAUGUAUUUAUGUCACCAUUUUAAAUUGUCUUAUGAAUGUUGGGAAAUUAAGGGACAUUAAAUGGAUUGAUUGCUGAAUAUGUGUUUGUCUGGAUAAAUUAGACUGUAUUUAAGAUAAGUUUACUUUUCUACUAAAUACAGCCAAUUUAUGACAAAAUAUCAUGCAAUAGUAGAUCGUUUUAUAUUUUAAAGGUAUUAUUUGUACUCUUUGUUGUCUCACGUCAUGAAAGAUUGAAAUAAAGAAUACUCCCAAGUCUGUU